CUAUUAUGUUAUCAACCAGUGGAGGUCCAUUUCAUCGUAUAGAUACUAUAUAAAGCCUUCGUUAAAAUUCAAAAAAUUUGAAUUUGGUUGUUAAAACAACAUUAUAAAAUGAUGUAUAUCGUAUUAUUUUCGACUCUGUGUUUUCUAGCUAGUAUUGAAGCACAAGAGAAAAAAAAAGUACAAUGUCUUCAAUGUGAAUCAAGGAAUAAAGAUGAAGGAUGCAAAGCUGGUGACUUCAGGGUUAAGGAAUCUUGUUUUGGCAAUAAGUGUUUCGCCUAUCUCGAUACAGGACGUAACGGAGAUAAAAAAAUUUGGAAAAGAGGUUGCACAUCAUCUAAAAAUACCUGUAAAGGCAAAGAAAGAAAAGGCUGUAUCUUAUGCGAAGAGGAUAAAUGCAACAAAGUAGCACUUCCAGAUAAAUGAGUAAUCUGAGCAUUCAAAGAGUGUAAUCCAAAAAGAAAAUAAAGUUUUAUCUUUG